AUGUAUUCGGUUACAAUAACACUAUGUCUAUGUUUCUGCAUCUUGUCGGAGUCAAUGGGUGGGCUCGUGGUUAUGAGUCGUGUCCCCCCGGAUCCGAGGAAAAAGUCCGAAACAGUAUUGCAACUGCAGCCGAGAGGACCGGAGUAUAAUAUGGCCGCCGAUCAAAAAGUUAAGUCGUCACCGCCACCACCGAUCUGCGACUGUUCCCAUGUAUCCGAAUUUCCUCAUCAGCACGUCGUCGGUUCGCAGAUAACCAGCCGCCGUCCACCGAACAUCGACGGUCCGAAGGUAAACGAAUACCGUCCACCGCACAUCGGCUUCCCGAAGGUAACCGGUUACCGUCCAUCGGCGUCGACGAACUGCCCAACGCAAUGUCCACCCCGAUGCACUAUGCCUCCGUGGCCGACCCGCCGGACGCCACCACCAUGCACGACUUGUCGGACUACGCAGCCGCCUUGUACCACUCGUCGGACCAUACCACCAUGUACUACGUGCUGGACCAUACCGACAUGCACCACUUGCACCUUACCGCCAUGCACGACUCGUCGGACUACGCAGCCGCCUUGUACCACUCGUCGGACCAUACCACCAUGUACUACGUGCUGGACCAUACCAACAUGCACCACUUGCACCUUACCGCCAUGCACCACUCGUCGGACCAUACCACCAUGUACUACGUGCCGGACCAUACCGACAUGUACCACUUGCACCUUACCGCCAUGCACCACUCGACGGACCAUACCACCAUGUACAACUUGCUGGAACAUACCACCAUGUAGCACGUGCCGUACCAAGCCGCCAUGUCCCUCGUGCCGGACGCUGCCUCCGUGUGACGAAUGCCGGACAAAAAAACAUCCGCCUGUAUUGGCCAUAAGUGUCGAAAUUAACCUACCACAAUAG